AUGUUGCUACAGUACCGUUUACCCUCGCUUCGCUCGGGCGGCUUGAAGGCGAAGUCCGUACUAGCUGACUCCCUUGUAUGGAAGCGCUGUACGACCUCUGGAAAUACCACAUUUUCUGUUGCAUCCGAGCCCUCUACGUGUAGGACCGUGGCCCUCGGUCAUCUCCAAUGGCACAUGCGGGAUCGUGUGCUCCGCGCCUUUAUAGUCGCCUGCGAUGAUACGGGCGGUGAUAGUCCAAUCAUACAGACCCGUGAUGAUGAGACGGGUGCCGUUGCAGAGCCGUCCUCUUGA